CAAAUAUCAUACAUAUAAAUCGCGGGUCUCCGCGAGAGGUCUCUAGUAUGGCUCCUGUAGACCCUUAAAUUAUAAAUGCGAAUGAAAUAUGGCGAUUGUGAUCUCGUAGCAGAGUGAGUAAUCCAUUGGUAAUCUUGGCGUACAACAUAGUGAAGUAUUGACAGAUUAAAGAGACAUAAGAAGCAAUGAGCUUCUUCAGCAAAGUUUUUGGUGGUAAGAAAGAGCCAGCCGCUCCUUCAACAGCCGAAGCGAUUCAGAAGCUACGUGAGACAGAGGAUAUGCUAAUAAAAAAACAGGAAUUCCUAGAGAGCAAGAUAGAUAAUGAGGUGUUAAUAGCUAAGAAAAAUGCAUCGAAGAACAAACGAGCUGCUAUCCAAGCACUUAAAAGGAAGAAACGAUAUGAAAAACAAUUACAGCAGAUUGAUGGUACAUUAUCCACCAUUGAAAUGCAGAGAGAAGCAUUAGAAAGUGCAAAUACAAAUACUGCUGUUCUUACUACUAUGAAAGGUGCUGCAGAUGCGAUGAAGGCUGCACAUCAACAUAUGGAUGUUGAUCAAGUACAUGAUAUGAUGGAUGACAUAGCAGAACAACAAGAUGUGGCUAGAGAAAUUUCUGAUGCAAUAUCUAAUCCAGUAGCAUUUGGCCAAGAUGCUGAUGAAGAUGAACUAGAAAAGGAGUUAGAAGAACUUCAACAAGAACAGCUUGACAAAGAAUUGCUUGGUAUUGAUGAUACUACAGCUGAUGAACUGCCAGCAGUACCAACAUCAGUUCCUGCUGUACCAAGCAAAAAUCGUACAAAAGCUAAAGCAGCAGAAGAAGAUGAUGAUUUGAAAGAUUUAGAAGCAUGGGCAUCGUAAAGUAAUACCAGAACAGAUGUUCAAAUCAAAGAAUAAGAUAUUUUAAGAUAAAUGUAAAUUGAAUAUUAUAUAUAAUUGAAUAUUAAUAUUACUAUACCAUGUCUUAUAUUGCACACAAUUAACUAAAUUAAUUUUUUAUUAAGAAUCUGCAGUGUUUAGUUUCUUAGGUACAAUUUAUGAAAGAAAAAAUAGUAUUUGAAUUAAACUUUAGUAGAAAUAUUGUAUCGUUAA